AUGGAUCACAUUCAUGCAGGUGGUUUAAUCAAGAGUGGCGUGCGCAUGGGCGUAAACAUGUACUUAGAUAAUAAGGCCAAGAAAACUUGUGAACGUAUUCUGAAAGAUCAAUUUCAAAAGCUUGUGAAUCAGGGUUAUUUAUCAGUUAUUGGAAAAGAUGGUUUUCAACUUACCGACAAGGCAUUGAAUGAACAAAUCGGUUUGAUGGCCUAUUCAGAUGUGCGAACAUACAUGCAAACGAACAAUUUUAAUGUAGAAGAGAUUGCAAUAGUAACCAGAACACGCGUGCAAAUCUGGCUGAAUAAAAAAUACCAAUCGUGGGAUAAGAGAGUUGGAGGUACAUGGCCAAAAACUGCCGACUUUGCAAGGCGUAUGAGACAAAGAUCAAGUGAUGCACUAAAUCAGGCUGCUAUAGGUAACAAUCCAAAUGCACUAAUGAUUGUGACUCGCAUUAUAGGUCUUGCACAGAUGUGUGGAAUAUCAGAGAUUGGUCUGGUGGAUAUAAUAGAGGGUCUAUCAAUGUCAUAUAUAUUCGAGACAAUUGGACGCCUUGUUGUAGCCACGAUGCGUGGACAGCAUCCAUCGGAAGUGUACAAUAUCGGUUUAGGAAUCCGAGGAAGCACAGAAAAUGUACACAAAAAUUUUGCGAUGGAAGCGGGAGGAUUUAAAGGACCACGAGAAGUUAUUGGAAAAUACAUUGGUGGCAGAGUAACACUAAAUUCAAUCGUUGCCGAAGUAGUGUUAAGAAAUCAUUUAAAUGAAGGAGAGGAAAUUUGGUGUAUGAGCGGAUGGGCGGAAGCAUUAAGAAGACGUACAAUAAAAUUAAGAGAAGACGCUUCAAGAGACAUUCAUGGCAACCUAUUACGAUGCACCAAUAGACUCAAAGUAAUCUUAAGUAUUAAGAGAGUCAGAGGAGUGCCAUUAGCCAAAAUUAAACGAGUCGGACCUCUUCGAGCCGCUGACUUGAUAUGGGGUGGUAUCACAGGUGCAGCUUGUCUGUGUACCAACCCCGAUCCUCUUAAGAAAAUCAAAGGAGGGGACCGUGUGGGUAAACUGAAAAUAAGUUUUAAAAAGCUUGAUCCUUUAAGUAUGAAGCCUAUCCCUCGACAUACCAUUAUUGUACAUGAAACUUAUGGAGAUGGAAUUGCUCAUCUAUUCCUUUCACAUUGCUUAACGAAGCAGCAGGAAUUGGAUGCACUUCAGUCCUAUUGUAAUUCAUGUAAUCAACGUGUCUUAAGCAUAGAAACGCUUUGA